UCGUCCUCCGUCAGUUUCAUAUCUGAACCUGCUCUAAACCAUAGCCAAAAAACACGUAUAUUUUAUAACGUUAACUGGUCGUGGUUGUGUUCGACUUUGUGGGUUAUAUUGAGUCGUAACUCACGUUGUUUAUUUGCUGAGGUUUAGUAUGUGACUACUUCGGAUUCCCUUGUAAAGUAAAUAAUUAAACGAACACUCCGUGUGUUUACAACUUCUCACAUAACUGGGUCGGUGACUGCUUAAUCAUGGGAAAGUCCUUUGCGAACUUCAUGUGCAAGAAAGAUUUUCAUCCUGCUUCAAAAUCUAAUAUCAAAAAGGUAUGGAUCGCAGAACAGAAAAUAACCUACGAAAAAAAGAAGCAAGAGGAUCUCCUCUCUGCUUACACGAAGGAACAGGAGAUCUACAACAAUCGAGUGUUAAUGGGAGAUGAUCGCGUUAAGAAUGGUCUGAACUUCAUGUAUGAGGCUCCACCCGGAGCUUCCAAAGAGGAAACCAAGGAGGAGGGGGAGUCAGAGUACAAGUUUGAGUGGCAGAAGGGCGCACCAAGAGAGAAAUAUGCGAAAGAUGACAUGACUAUAAGAGAUCAGCCAUUUGGAAUCCAAGUGCGAAAUGUGAGGUGCAUCAAAUGCCACAAAUGGGGCCACGUGAACACGGACAGAGAGUGUCCUCUGUUCGGGCUGUCAGGGAUCAACGCCAGCGCUGCCCCCACUGAAGAAGCAGCAGGUCCGUCGAUGCACCCCUCCGAGUUAAUGGCAGAGAUGCGAAACAGUGGGUUUGCCCUGAAGAAAUGUGUCCUUGAUAGAAACGCAACGUUUUGUGAUCCAUCGCAGGAAUACGUAGCGAGUGAGGAGGAGGAGGACCCGGAGGUAGAAUUCCUCAAGUCUCUCUCCACCAAGCAGAAGCAGAAGCUCCUACGGAAGCUUGAUCGGCUGGAGAAGAAGAAGAAGGCCAAGAAAAGCAAGAGCAGGAAGCAGAAGAAGAAGGAGAAGAAGGAGAAGAAGAAGGAGAAGAAGGGCAAACGGAAGCACAAGAAGAGUCCGGGGAGCGGCAGCAGCGACAGCUCCAGUGACUCCAGCGACAGCUCCGGGGACUCCUCCACUGACUCCAGUGACUCUGACUCCAGCAGUGGCCACGGCAAGACGGACAAGAGGAAGAAGAAGAGCAAGAAGGGGAGGAAGACCAGGGCCCGGGAGUCCUCCACGGAGGCGCUGGCCCAGGGAGAGAAGCACCCGACGACUGAGAGCAACAGAGGCUCCUCCUGCAGGAGGCCAGAGGAGGGGAGAAAGGAGGGAGGACAGGAAGUCGGGGACCCUCGUAGUGGACCCCCCAGGGCGGAGGUCAAUCUCAAGCAGGAGGGCAGUCAGACGAGGGAGAGGCAGGCCAGCAGAGAAGGGCAGAGAGAGGGGGCCAGCUCCAGGAUAGAGCAGGACCUCAGGAGAGGACCGGACCGAGGCAGAGAGGAUGGAGGUAACGACGGAGUCGACGGAGGUAAAGAUGGGGCUCACGGUAGAGACAGAGGCGACAGAGGUAGAGACAGAGGUGACACGGGUAAAGAUGGGGCUCACGGUAGAGACAGAGGCGACAGAGGUAGAGACAGAGGUGACACAGGUAGAGAAGGGGCUCACGGUAGAGACAGAGGCGACAGAGGUAGAGACAGAGGUGACACAGGUAGAGAAGGGGCUCACGGUAGAGACAGAGGUGAUGGAGGUGAUGUCGAGGCUCACCGUAGAGACAGAGACCGAGGGGACCGAGGUAGAGAAGGAGGUGACGGAGGAAGAGAUGGGGGUCACGGUAGAGACAGAGGUGAUGGAGGUCGAGACAGAGGGGAUGGAGGUCGAGACAGAGGGGAUGGAGGUCAUGACGGAGGUCGAGACCGAGGUGAUGGAGAUGGGAGGAGCUGGGAAGGGAGAAGAGAACGAGAGGAGAGAAGGAGGAGUAGGAGCCCAAGCAGGAACAGAGAGGGAAAAGACAAGGGCUCCCAUAGAAAAUGAUUCGUUUUCGGUAUUUUCUAAAAGUACAAAAACUUUUCAAAUGUCGUCGUUUUAUUUGAAAGGGCAUUUUAUCGGCUACCUUUGGUCAACAGUAAACGCUACCACUGUCGUUUCACUUUCGCGGAAAUAUAUAAGGCGGUAUAUUUACUGUCAGUAGAGGGCAGCAAAGGACAGAAAAUGAUUACGGCGGACUGGGCUGCAACCGACAGACGUCUGCUAAUUGAUUACUAAAUAGCGAAACUAAAUCGCAGCGUUUUUUUGAUGCCUUGGUCAAUUCGGCUUUUUUUUUAGCAGGGAAUCCGUUUCAAAUCUCGUAUGUUCAUAAAUUCUGAACAAAGCUGUAUUUUUAUUCUGCAUGAGCGCCAUAUGGACAUGUGGUUGCUGAAUGAUGUUUAAAUUAUGUAUUUUGGCGUUCGAUAAUCCAAAAUAAAUUAUCUGGAAGUUUUGAUUUGAAUGGUUUGUAUCGGAAUAUUGCAUUGGAAAAUAUUGACAUUUUGGUAGGAUAGGCCUGAUCUAAAUGGCUCCGUUCUUCUCGGUUUCGGUCAAGUGCAUGUUAUUAGAAGUUGUCAUCACAGCUUGAGCUAGACAUAGACCUGCAAAUAAAACCAUAGACUCAUUGUCGCUGUUGUUCGACGAGUGUUAACAAAAUGGAGCAGUCACGUUUUGUAGACGUUGCGUCUAAUAAUAAAGAGAUUAUGGUGUAUCUGCGUGAUUUGGUCUGGGAACAGUGUAGGCUACUACCAGUCAAGAUCACAUGUGAACAUCCUAUAGAAAUUAAGGAAUAUUUUUCGCUACAUCCCAACAAACUUAAAGUAAUUCUUUAUAUUAAUCAGAUUGAACAUUGAUUGGUUAAUAUUAAAACGGAAUUCCUAUUUAUUUUAUUUUUAUUUAAAUCACAAAUUAAAUGCAAUAAAACAUCAGAACUAUAUAGAAAAUCUUUGCAAAAAUUGAAGGGCCUCUAUAUUUAGUCUGUUGUAAUUAAUAGGCCGCAUUCAACAUAUAGGCUUAUAUUCAUUCUGAUGCUGUAAAUUAAAACCAACUAUUCAACAAAUAGGCCUAUACAUUUAUUCUGAUGCUUUAAAUAAUAAGCCACUAUUCAACAUAUAUCCCUAUAUAUUUAUUCUGCUGUAAAUAAUAAGCCACCAUUCAACUUGCAGCCCUAUAUAAUUAUUCUGAUGCUUUAAAUAAUAAGCCACCAUUCAACUUAGAGCCCUAUAUAUUUUUUCGCUUUCGGCAAAGCGUUUUAUUUUUUAUUUUAUCCCUACAUUUUCAAUUGCCAUUAUUAUAAUUCCUUUAAGUUUUCACUCUGGCUGCAGGGACGCUCGUUGGACAAAAGGAAACGACAAUAAUUCCCUUCUAUCACCUUCUGGUCAAUUUCACCUCCUUUUCAGCGCGUCUGGCCCGCACGAGACGCUGCUCCUCUGUGUUCCCAGGCCCCGCGAUGUAAUUAUUCCCGGGCUUUUUCUUUGGGAAUCGGACGCUGCACUGCCUCCGUACAAAGAGCCCGGGGAGCAUCCUCGAACCCCUUUCAACAACGG